AUUUGCGAAUUGCGAUUCAAAGAAAAUUUGAAGAUACGCUGUCCUUGUUCUAAAAUUAAUAAUUUUUACAAAUAAUUCCAUCUUAGUCAUAAUCGAAAAGUGUUUAAUUGGAAGUGUUUUUCUUUUUGUAGUGUACAAAACGGUAAAUAUAAGACGCUUUACGACAAAAUAGUGACUAUCGGGGACAAUAAUUUUCCUAAACUGCAUUUUGAAUAUCAGUAUUGAUUGUUUCCAAUCAUUGUAAAAUAGUGCGAUGAAAGUGGUUAAUAUUAUUUAUUUUACUUAAUUCUUCAGUGAUUAAUAUUAAAAAAUCACGUGUAUUGACAAGUGCGGAAUGAAUCUCGAUAAUUCAUCGAGAGAGAAUUCGGAAGCGUUGGAUUCCGUCGGCACAGUAAGCCCAAGAGAGAAAUAUCACAGUAUGAAGGAUAAAAAGGUAUCAGUACCAAGUACGGAAGGUGCACGGCCUAAGGUCGUGACUGUUAAACACCCUGAGUCAAAUAAACCAAAACCUACAGCUAAGAAAAACAAACCCAUUCAAGCCGAUUUAGAUGUCAUCAAAGAGUUCAUGAGAUGCAGAGAUGAAGGAGUAAAAAGAUUAGAUCUCAGCAAAUCUUCAAUUACUUCUUUACCACCAAAUGUUAGAGAUUUGACUCAUCUAAAUGAGUUUUAUUUAUAUGGAAACAAACUGGUUGCUCUACCUGCAGAGUUUGGCUGUUUGACAAAUUUACAAACACUGGCUCUCAAUGAGAAUUCACUGACAAGCUUGCCCGAUUCUCUUGCAAACUUGCAAUCAUUAAAAGUUUUAGACUUGAGGCACAAUAAAUUGAAUGAUAUUCCUGAAGUAGUCUACAAAUUAACAUCUCUAACAACUUUGUUCCUGAGAUUCAAUAGGAUAAGAGUAGUGGGAGAUGGCAUAGCAAAUUUAACCAAUUUAACCAUGCUUAGUUUGAGGGAAAACAAAAUAAAAGAAUUAUCAUCAGGAAUUGGUAAUUUAGUCAACUUGGUUACUUUUGAUGUAUCACACAAUCAUUUGGAGCAUUUGCCUCAAGAGAUUGGGAAUUGUGUAAAUUUGUCUACAUUAGAUUUACAGCACAAUGACUUGUUGGACAUACCAGAAUCAAUUGGCAGGUUGCAGGCUUUGACCAGGUUAGGAUUGAGAUAUAAUAGGCUUACUUCAAUACCAGCUAGUCUUAGCAAUUGUGUUAACAUGGAUGAGUUUAAUGUUGAAGGAAACUCAAUUUCUCAGUUACCAAAUGGUCUACUUUGUAAUUUAACUAAAUUAACCAGCAUUACUCUAUCAAGGAACUCAUUUGCAAGUUAUCCAUCAGGAGGCCCUGCUCAAUUCUUUAAUGUUUACUCUAUUAAUUUAGAACACAAUCAAAUUGAUAAAAUACCAUACGCUAUAUUUUCCAGAGCAAAAAAUCUCACAAAACUCAACAUGAAAGAGAAUUUAUUAACUUCUCUUCCUCUAGAUAUAGGAACAUGGCUGAACAUGGUGGAGCUCAACUUGGGCACAAACCAUCUCACCAAACUUCCGGAUGACAUUCAAUGCUUACAAAACUUAGAAGUUUUGAUCUUAUCCAACAAUCUCCUAAGGAGAAUUCCUCCCAGCAUUGGUAACUUGGGAAAACUGAGAGUACUGGACCUUGAAGAAAAUAAAUUAGAAGUUUUGCCGAACGAAAUAGGAUUUCUGCAUGAAUUGCAGAAGUUAAUAGUUCAGUCUAACCAAUUAACUACAUUACCCCGCUCUAUUGGUCACUUGGUUAACCUCACAUUCUUGAGUGUAGGUGAAAAUAAUUUGCAAUAUUUGCCUGAAGAGAUUGGCACACUUGAAAAUUUAGAAUCACUAUAUUUGAAUGAUAAUCCAAAUUUGUGCAACUUGCCAUUUGAACUAGCCCUAUGUGUUAGUUUGCAAAUAAUGAGCAUUGAGAAUUGUCCAUUAACUGCUAUUCCAUCUGAUGUAGUGUCACUUGGGCCAUCAUUAGUUAUUCAAUAUUUAAAAUCGAAAGGCCCCUAUAGAGCCAUGUGAUAUGAGGAAGAUGAUUAUUUACCAUCUACAUCUGGCACUGAAAUACCUUAAAUUCUAUUAAUCCAAGAAAAUUAAAGGAUAAUUUCAUAUAUAAUAGCAUGUCAUUAUAACUUCUUUGUAAUCAUGCUAUAAGUUUUAUUAUGUGUUUACAUAAUAUAGUUAAAACAGAAUUUAAUCAACAUUACUUUAAAUCAAAGUUAUGCUUUAACUACUAAAUGUAUUGGUGUUGUAUAUAAAUCUAGAUAUCAAAUGUUCAGUACUUUCUAAAAGUAAAUCUUAUUUAAAAAAUGUUUUUAUUGUAUAUCCAGUGGCCAAAAAGGUAUGAUUUAUUAUUCUAUUAUAUCUUAGAUAAGAAGACAUGUAACUGAAUGUUAUUUAUAUAUUUUAUGUGUUGCUGUUGUAUAAAUGUGUAGAUUUAAUUUACAGAAAUUACUAUAAGCUUAAGCAAAAGCAUGACAGCAAAGAUUUUAAUAUUUUAGUAAUCUUAUCAAGAAAGUACAUCUAUGUUAAAAAUUACCAUUUGAAUUCAAUAUAUGUAUUUGCUUAAUGUCAUAAUUAUUGAUGUUAGGAUUUAAUAUGUGUACAUUAGUUUAUAAGGGUUGGCUUUGAUUGUUUAGAAAAGAGAAGUAUAGGUAUCAUAUAAGACAAUGUGCAGUCUUGUAUUUAGUAAAUUAUUAAUUUGACUUUGAAAACUAUCCUACACAUAGUACACCUAGGGGCCCUUGAAAAUAGGCAUGGUAAGGAUUUUAAUAAUUUUUACUAUGAAAACAUUUAGGAUCUCAUGGUUUCUCACAGUAUUUGAUUUUAUUUUGUAAAUGUUUCUCUCUGAGACAUUGCAUUGAAACUAUUUUAUUUAUGUGUUUUAAUUAAUAAUUCUAUAUGCGUAAACAAAGUUGUUAUAGGUGUUACAUUUUAUGUAUAGCUGGCUUUUUUAAAUAAUAUGUUUCAUUGUUUAUCAGUGUUGUAAAAAUAUUACAUUUACUAUUUUAAUGUUUAUAGGAUUUGUAGUAAGAAGUUGUAUGCUCAUGUAUAGUCCUUAGUUUCUUACUAACAUCUUUCAAUUAGAAAUAAUAUACAAUGUGAAGUACAUAUAAUUCCUUUUUAUAUUUAUAUUAAAGGUAUCAAGUAAUAAAUGUGUCAUCAACUUGUUUUGCACAUAAUACCAAUUGUCAAUUAAAUAUGGUAUGUUGACAUUCAAAACUGAUCCUUAUGAUAGAAUCAUGUCCAAUUAUUAUUAUCAGACCAUGUGUAAUAUUAUAAUAUAUACUUUUGAAUGGCCUAUAAGUGAAUGCUUCUAAAUUGUGAAUUUUUGGUUAUUAACAAUGAAAAAAUAUACUUAUCCCAGUUAGAACAACUAUAUUACCCCUCUGUCAUUAAGGUAUUAACUAUAUUACAGUACAUACUAACUCAAUGCCCUCUGUACUGAUUGUUGGC